GAUUGGUGUGAAAGGGCACGAAUGAAAAUACAAAAAGUUGGUUUUUCUCCGAGCUUUUUCAUGUGGGUGGUGGUUUCUCUUCUCUUUCUGGUGGGUCUCUCCGUGGGAGUUUUGUUGCAGACCAAUAAUGCAUCUAGGUUGGCAAGUGUAGCGGUGGUUUAUGGUAGUGGCAUGGUGGCCCAAGGCACAAUCUUUUCUCUACCAGAUUUUGUUGUGGACGAUGAGCAACCAGUAAAGGCUCCAAGGAUGGCAGGGCAAGUGGGUGGAGCAACAAGUGGCUACGGUGGGCGGCAGAUGGUGGUUGUGGAUGAAUCCAUUUCAUCUGGGAAUAAGCUGGUGUACCGACGUUACUUGGGUUGGCCUAAAGUCGGUGCAAAGGAGGCAUCGGUUUCCUGAACGAGCACUACGGAUUUUUUGCUAAAAAUCCCAAAUUUGUUAGGUAGUAAUUUGCAAAUCAUGAGAUUCCUAAAAGGAAGUUUUAAGUAACGAGGGAUUCUACUUAAUAUUAGUGGACGCAAAAAGAAGCUAAGGGUGGAAAAAUAGUGAAUUUUAUUAUUCUAAAUAUUAUUUCCUUUUGUGUUAGGAUGUCAAUUGAUCCAUUUUCCAUUAGAAAUGUAGAAUAGAAUUUUAAUUAGAUU